AUGGCAGCCGACGUUCAAGAGGACGAAUUCGGUUCGACACCCCAGUCUGACACCCCUGAACGUCAAGAGCUACCCAAAAGUUUCCAAAAUGCAGGUUAUCGCAGUGCGAUUUCAUCACCUCUCUUCAGAAGAAUUAUCAAUGGAGCACAUGCCCUUCAUCCUGCCACAUGGCCCUGGCUGGCUUCAUUGAGAACAUUACAUCAUGGUCAUUUUUGCGGUGGCUCACUGAUCAGUCCUGAAUGGGUGCUUACAGCUGCUCACUGCUUUUUUGACCCCCAUACUUAUCAACCUUCAAUCAAUCUUCAGACAAUGCAGGUGUUUUUGGGUGCCAAGGGUCAAAAUCAGCCUGGUAUGCACUUUGGAGUUGCACAGUUGGUCUUGCAUCCCCAAUAUAGGCCGUUUCCACCGGCGGGUCCAUUUGACAUUGCCCUUAUAAGGCUCGCUGGCAGGGUAACCAAUAUCCCACCUGUUCCCUUGCCUGAUAAUAACCCAACAGAACCAUCGCUUACAGCAAAAUGCAUGGCUGCUGGUUGGGGACGUCAUAUACCUGGGCCAAACAGAUUAACCCCUCCACUUCUUCAACAAGCACCGAUGCCUCUUCAAGACCCUCGGAGAUGUGGAAUGGGCAUACCUAAUAUUAAUUUCCAGUUAUGUGCAGGAGGAACUGGAACUAGUACAUGCCAAGGGGACAGCGGUGGUCCACUGUUUUGUGAAGACCGUGGAAGGUUUGCCCUCCAAGGGAUCACGUCCUUUGGACACCCGUUUUGCAUAUCUGACCAAUCCAGUGUGUACACUCGGGUCAGUUUUUUCGUGGGUUGGAUCCGAGGAAUCAUGGCAGGACCGAGGCCAGGGCCAGGUGUGCCGCACCCUUUUAUUCCGAGAUUUCCAGUGCCAGGUCGCUAAUUUACCGAGGGAGCGUGCAAGUCGUCCAUGGAACAGCCAAUUUGUAGAUGCUGGUGAUCAUUGUAUUGAAUUUACCACACGUAGUUGUU